AUGCGGAUGGGAGAAGUGACAAUACCUUCGAUGCUUUUAAAAAGAAAGUCGCCAGCCCAGAAGGGCUCUGAGAAGUCACUGAAUUUAUGGCAAGUCACCGAGCUGGGUCUCGCCCAGUUGAUCGUGCUCGCAUCGCAGACCUGGGCGCGUUCGACCUGUGUUACCGCAAAAUACAAAAAUUCUGGUGCUGGAAGCGGUUUGGGCCCUUUCAUUCUGAUGGAAUAUAUCGCGAAUGCCUCCAACCUUACCACCCAGAUGAGAGCUCCUGGAUACAAAAGGGGUGACCGUCCAAUCCUCAACGCGCACAUUGAGGGCACCAAGCUCGAGUUUUUCUACAGUCAAGUCGCGGAUAUCCUGCUGGAACUCUCAAAGCCCUCAUUAGACAAAAUUGGUUCUUUGGCUGGCGAUUCAACUUCUUGGUCGAUCGAUGACCGGCCAUUGGCAAUGAAUAUGAAUGAGCUUGUCCAGCUUGGUAACUUCCCACGCAGCAAACUGCCAUCCUCUACCUUUGACACUGCUUCAUCUUAUUAUCAGAUGUUGGCCGAGACUUAUUUCACGCAUCUAUCAACACAAGGGAAUGAUGCUGUUGAAUCUGAAAAAGACUACUGUUUUCCCAAAGUCCGAGAGGAUGCUGCCAUCUGCAGUGGAACUUUGACAGACGCACAGCGCCUCUCUGGACGGAUGCCGGAGAGCUGGGAGAAUGGAGACUUCUGGGUCAACUACGGCGCGCGGAAAAGUUGGGCAUUCGAAAUGAAAUUUUAUGGUGGCGGUGAUCGCGAAGUCUUGAGGAGCGUACUGCCCUGCUUUGCAGUCAAGAGGGGAUAUUGUUAUUCAUCAACAGCUGCAUCUUCUUACAGACAGAUGAAGGAUGAAGUCGAUCUGAGAUCUGGAUUUGUCGAAGGGUGGACAAAGAACGAGUGGCCCACACCAUCGGUCCAAAAAGUGGGUUAUCGUUAUGGCUGCAUAGGAACAAUGGCACAGGUGAAUUGCCAGCUUGGAGCCUGUUUGGCAUUGGGUGAGAUCGGACACGAGGAGAUCAUAUCAGGUGGAGUUACUCUGUACUUCCCAUCACCGGGUGCCGGACCGACUGGCGGGAUUUAA